ACACACAAAUCCUCCAAUAGGAGCUCGGCGUGCGUGCGCGCGCGCGUGUAUGCUGGCAGUUGUACGCGAGCCUCCGUGCAGAGACACGAUGUCCGACGCUGCUGCUACACGAAACACAGGAGAGCCGGGAUUAAACGGCUCGUGGGUGGAGCUCGAGCUGAACAGGAACUCACCCGAGACGUCGCAGGCCGUCGCUCCGGGCAUGUCCAGUUUGGCCCAGGUCGUUGAAGAGGAUGACGGGAUAGUCGGAGGGCUGGAACACGUGCCUUCUUCUUCCUCCAUCCAUAACGGAGACAUGGAGAAGAUCCUGCUGGACGCACAGCACGAGUCCAGCCGCAGCAACUCCUCCUGCGACAGUCCACCACGUCCACACAGUCCUCAGGAUGAAGGUCAGAUCAGCUUUGACGUGGACAGAGGAGAAAACCAGGAGGCGCUGGAAAAAAUGAGGGAUGAUGAAAUUCUGAUGAAGGACCCGGACUGGGUGGCCGACUGGUCCAGCAGACCCGAGAACGUUCCUCCCAAGGAAUUCCAUUUCCGUCACCCUCGGAGAGCCGUCACACUCAGCAUGCGGAAAACUGGAGCCAUGAAGAAAGGAGGGAUCUUCUCUGCCGAGUUCCUCCGAGUGUUUCUCCCCUCACUGCUGCUCUCACACUUACUGGUCCUGGGGCUCGGGGUGUAUAUCGGGAAGAGGUUGACGACGCCCCCCGCCAGCUCGUUUUAAGCAUCGAAGUGUAGAAGCGCCUCAGCCGUGGCUCGUGUGGAUUUGAGAGAGUGUCGCAGUUUGUACAAGAAACGUAGCCCCCUGCUCACCCCAUAAUCACAUUUUAUUUUUUUAAUUGUCUUUCUCAUCCACCUCUCCUUUUACAUUGGUACAGUCCACUUCUGCAUUGCUCGUGUUCUGCUUGGCCUAAAGUGCCAUAAGAGACCAGGAGACCGAUAAACGCGCUAUUAUUUUUCCUCUGUUCUGUAUUGUCAUGAGUGAUUACAGUUGUGUUGUGUGUUCAGUGUUGUGGGGGUGGAUACCGAGGGGGCGGAGUUUAAACCAAACCCGUGUGAUCCCAGAAAGAUUCCACUCACAAAAUUAAUUAAAAAAAAAAAAAAAGCCGGGGAUCAAUUAAAGUAAAUAUAUCAGCAUGCGUUUAUCGUAGAUCUUCCUUUAUAGCUUAUUGAGGUGUUUCAGGUUUAUUUAGUCUUUUUAAUUUAUUUUUAAACCUGCCAUAUUUUCUGGACUCCUUUUGCAGUGCAGUGAUUGAAACAAUUAUCAUUUCUGCAUUUUUUUUUUUUUUUUCAUUAUUAUAUGCGCAUUUAUACAUACAUGCUAAUCCAGCAGUUAUGGUAAUUAACAAUAUCCUUAAUUAACAUUAUCAAACCAGCACAAAUUCUCCCGAUAUUGAUUUUAUAAGGUCUGGAAGGAUGUAUUUCCGAGGCUAAGAUCAGGACUGUAGCAAAAACUAUAUUCCAGCAACACUAAUGAGACGGAAGCGAAACUAGACCCCACCUUUAAAUGCAGUCCAAAUGAAACAUUUUAAUUAAUAUGACUUUAGUGAUGAUGUGACCUUGUCAUUUUUAUUUUUUUUUUAAAUUCUGAGCAUCUUUUCUGGAAAACCCGGUAUGUAUCUGUAAGACCCAGAUAUAGGCGAGACCUGUUACAUGUGAAGCGUGAAAUUAUUGUGAUGUAUUUAAAUUUGCGUGACAGUCGAUCGGUGUGAGAUGAUGUGUGGAAAGAGAUUGUCAUUUGUCAUGUCUGUUGUGUUUGUGUUGCUUCAUUUUUUUAUUUUUUUUUCCUUUUGUCUUUUCAUUAUCGGCCGUUUCUUCUGCUCCAAAAAUAGCUCCACUACUAAGUGGCUUGUUGCAGUAAAACCGAGUAAAAUAUUGCUAUAAAAAAAAAACCCACACUUUUUGUCGAGCUUGUAAACUAGCAUCUAAUCUGUAGGUUUCCUUAUUUGGUUCCUCAGCAUUAAAGAUUAUAUUCUGGAGAUUAUAUUCUUUCAACUCUGCAUAACUUUACUUACAAGUUUAAUAUAUAUGAACUUUGCUCCAAUAUCAGAAAAAAAGUAUUUUCCAGACCUGACUUUACACUCAGCAAUCAGAGAGAGGGGUCUAGAUCAGGGGUUCUUGAACUUUUUAUAAAAAAAAAAAAAAUUUAAAAAUGCAGAGUACAUAUUUUUACAAACAUGCGCUAACAAUUGUUUAAAUGUAUCCAGUAAUAUUUUUUUGUUAUUUUAAUUUCUGAACUUCUCACCCAUAGAACCCAGUUUUAUUCAAAUUGUCAUUAGAUCUGAUUUGACGUUAGUUGUAGAUGCAAUAACUUUGAUAAUUGUGGGUUGUCAUGUUCACUGCUAUAAUAAAAUAAAAAAUAAAAUUGCAGACUCCCUGUCUACGCUUCACACGCCUCUUUUAGAACCAGGGGUCAAGAUACUAAGCCAUUUUUUUAUUUCUAAUAUUUUUUUUAUGGUGAAUAGUUUGAAAUAGCUUGGAGUAACGCACCUGACAACCCAUAGUCAGCGCAAUGAUACACAUUUGGUGAACAACCCACGCCCUUAUCAGAUAUAACACUGCAGCUAGAAUGUGUUUCAACCAGUCAGAGUGCGUGGUUGGAACUAACUUUUUAUAACUGAUGUUAGCUUGCGAAUGCUCGACUCUUAACGAUGUUCAGUGAAGGCUGGUUUAUACCUGCUGUUAACUAUGCGUAUGCGUACGCAAGAUGGCCGCCACGCGUAUCCUGAGGUCGUUUGGUGCGUCGCUUGUGCACGUCCUCAGAAAUGAACUCGACGUGUGUAAUAUUAACGUACCUAGUGUAGGCGGUAUAGCACCAUGUGACACUGUGUCCACAACUCAAUAAACAAACUAGCAUUGUGUCUCAAAUCGCAUACUUAUGUAAUAAUCUAGACCGUUAUGGAGUACUAACAGUUUUCCUAUUAAAGUUGGUGUUUGAUUUAAAAAAAAAAAAAAAAACUCUUAAACCUACCAAAAGGACUGUUUUGAGUACCAGUCUUCUGGCUUGUCUAGAUUAGUAAAUAUUUUUGGAUGUACAAUGAGGGGUUUUAUUUGAGACACAGAUCAUGACAACAAUCUCGCAGACAGCAGAAAGCUUUAAAGAGAAAUAGAGCUUGUAGUUGUGUUUAACAUUGCUGUUCAUGAAAUCGCUAAACAUUACCGUUUGACUCGGAAACCAGAUGACCGGAGAUGUUUUGGCUCAGACGUGCCAUCUAGUGGACGUCAUUUCUAAUCCUCCAGAUGUACAUAAGAUACGCAGGCGAGUGUGUGAACGAUGCUGUGUGCCCACGUCUGUGUGGUGAAAGUGAAGUGUACUUGCACCUUAAAUAGUGUAAGACAGUCAUAUUAUAGCAGGGUCACAUCUUUUGUUCAUGGAUAUCGAGCUAGAUUUGCAGAUCAAGAUGGUGAGCUGAGGCACUUUAAAUGGCAUUAAUGUGGAAUGUACUGGUUUUUAUUCGCAGGUAGUGUUAAAGGAAUGGUUUGGGAAAAAAAUGGAAGUAACUAAUGAAUGUUUUCCCACUUAAACCAAAUGUACUUGAUAAGUCAAGACAUCCGCUUUGCUUUAGUUUUGUACUGAAGCUACGAGGGAUGGAGGCUAACAAGUAACGGAAAUCACCCAAAAAUCGUUUCUGUUAAUAUCUUUCUCAAAAUCUGAUAUGUGUUUUGUAGUAGUGUGGUGCAGGACACAGUGGGACUACUGAAUAAGUGCAGUCUAUUGUACUCGGAACUUGGAAAAACCAGCCUUCCGACAUGGAAAAGUGCAACGGAGAGGUCGUUCAACUCUGAAUGCCAAGUCAGCAACUCAGGCAACAUCCACCUGUAGCCUGAGUUCUCUGACAUAAACACACCAGACGUCACAACAAUAUGGCGGCGCUCACACAGUCAACAGAAAUCCUUUCGCAUUCUUUUCUGUUUGAUAAAACUUGGCUUUACUUGAUAUGUAGCUUUUGUGAAAAUGUGUUUGACAGGUUUAGGUUUGUAACAGAAUUCUUUUGAUUUCAGCCCAAUUUUACUACCGUGAUAAGAGCAUUGUGAUACCAUUUUUAUGAGCAAAGGUGAACCGAACACUUGACUUAACAUACGUCAUUUCUCAUCGUUAAUCAUGCAGAUCUUAUUAAUGUGUUUCUCAAAUUCACAGAUUAGGCAUACCAAUAUGACCUUGCAAAGACUCGAAGUACUGGUACGCUUUUAGAUCUCAGGGAAAAUUGACCUGGAACUUUCCGAGUACAAUGGAUUUCAGCAUUACAGUCAACUAUAAACAUGAACAAAACUUCAUCACGUAGCUGAACACUGGAAUGCUAAUGGAGGCGGCCAUGUUGUCUUAGGCUGCUUUCACACUGCCUUUUCUGACCCGUCAGCUCACGCUUUACAUGUACUCCCUUUUUGCUUUUUUUUUUGUUUUUUUCAGGUCACAGCAGAGCUUUCAAAAGUUAAAAAAAACGUUUAUCUUUUUAGAAAAACGUAGCAUAACGUCAGGCACUCCUGACCAAUCAGAUCACAAGCUGGGGGGAAGCGAGAAAUACAAACAUGGAGGAUAAAGUGCUGAUAAAAAAUUAGUUUUGUUAGUGAGUGAAUAUGAGGAGAUUUACAAAAAUGUUUCGUUGCUAAUAAUCCAACGUUCCAUAACAGCGUGUGUAUUUUUUUAGGAUGUUUACCUGUACGUGACGUGGCAUCGCACAUUAACUGUAGUAAGCAAACAGUCAUCCGCUCAAAUUCUCUUGAUUUUCAGCCUCACGGUGACAAACAGCUUCGUCGUCCCCAGAGUUACACCAAACUUUAUUUCAUCUGCGUUACUGAGAAUAAUUCAUCUAAUCUAGAGAGCAAGCUAGGCUAGUUAGCUGAUACUAGCUAGGACUGGUAAGCGCGUUGUCAUGGUGACAGCUUGCAUGCUUUGUCUGAAAAAGUGUGAAAGCAGCCUUGUGAAUUAGCUACAUUUAAUAUGACUCCGCCCUCUAGGCUCCGCCCCAAAGAUUAAAUUGUACAUGAAAUUGUACCAGAGUGAU